GACUCUCUUGGAAUUUGUUUAUUGUGAGAAAAAUCGCUUCUGGCAUCGAUUAAACAGUGUUUUCGGCCUGUAAAAUAUUUCAAAGUGUUCCGGGAUUGUCUAUUGUGCCGCUGGUAGUGCUUAUGUGGUUCCAGUAGUGACGCAAGUGGUAGUUUUUGGGGCGACAGCCAAACCUAACCUCACUCAGUGUUGGAGGCCUUCGCCUCCCUCUUUUGCGACUUUUUGGGGCUCUCUGCGACUGCAGAGUGCCUCGGGGGCUGGUGAGGGGGCCCCCUGGAUCCAAGUGGUGGCCGCCAAAUGGCGAAAAUGUCGGAGUACAGGUGUGUGAACUACUACGAAUUGUGUCGCUUGUGCACUGGGAGUCAUGGGACAAAGGUGCACAUAUUCUCGGAGGAUGGGAAGAAGAGGAACCUGUUCAACAAAAUCACGGGCUGUCUGCCCAUUCAGCUGAGCGAGAAGGAUAAGCUGCCCAAGAUAGUGUGCGGGCAGUGUUUGCAGCAAGUGGAGUCCAUUAUGGAGUUCCGGGAGACGUGCAUAAAUGCCCAAACAAUGCUGGAGAGUUGUCUCAACUCCUCGAAGCUGCGCAAUGAGGGAAAGGUGUACAUCAAGGAUGUGGUGGCGAAGAGGAAUGUCCUGCCAACGGCCACUCCUGCCCUUGUCACCGUGCGACCGGCGACAAUGGCGAACUCUGUGAAGACAGUGAGCGCAAUUCCAACCAGUAAUGUCACUCAGAUUUCCACGCAGAACAGCGACUUCCUCAGCAGCAUCAUCCAGGCAGUGGGAAUACCGUCUGUUGAGGAGGGCACCAUUGAGACACAGACGCCAACGCAAAUCACUCCUCAGUACACGCUCACCCUCGAUGGACAGACUCUCAAAGCCAAUCCCAUUCAGUACAAGAUCAAGGAAGAGCCCUCGGGACCCACUCUCGUGGCCACGACCACUGAACAGCAGCAACAGCAGCAAUCGGCAUAUGCUCAAGUGGACGAGUUCUUGAAACUGAAGACCACCACGCAAAUUGGCUCCACGCAGAUCACGAGGCGCACCGUGAAAGCCGUGAAGGCGCCCGAACCGCCAAAAAACAAGAAGCCCAAGAUAAAUCUAGUUCUAGCCACACCAACGGCUUCUCAGCAGCAGACCAAGGUCGUGACGACACCUUCGAUCACUACGACGCCGGUUGCCAUGAGCACGAGUCCCACUAAGACGGUGGCUCUGCAGGAUUUGAAGAUUUUCUCACCCACCAACAAGUGUUUCUUGCCCAUCACACUCAAGGACGGGAGCACAGAUCAGCAGAUACUCACGCAGAUCGACACAAAGAACAUCGUGCUGCCGGCGGCAUUUCUUCAGAUGAAGCUGCAACCACAGCUGACGACCGUGGAUGGACAACCGGUGGUGCAACUCACGCCUGCCGCAAUUCCCACCAGUUUGUCCAUCUCAUCGACGCCCACGGCGCAAAUUCAGCAGGCGCAGACUUCGACGGUGUCGUCGAGUCUGGCUGAGGCGGUGCAGAAUGCCGAGAUCAUCUUCACGACGUCCACGGCGCAGUUCCAGCAACAGACGCAGCAAGUGCAGCCAGUCAGUCAGGCGUCGACUGUUCGCAUAACACCGCUCAGCAGCACAUCUCCCGUCGUCACGGCGGCCAGUCCGUCGCCCCAGAAGAUCUCUCAGCCCGCCACUAUUACCAUUCAGACAUCGCCGCCAAAGCCACAGUUGACGAAGCUGGCACAACCCGUGCAACCGAGGAGGAUCACGAUUACGAAGAAGCCCGCACCAGUACCGGUCGCGCUGCAGAAGGUGGAGCCUCCGAAAGCGCCGACACCGGUCGCGGUGAGCACGGUGAUUCCCACGACAACCACCGCCACGACGACCACCACCAUCCGGACGGCCAACAUUCCGCCCAACUGCACCACCUGUGACACGUGCGGCAAGACGUUCAAGCGCAAGGAGCACCUCAUUCAGCAUCUGAAGCUGCACGCCGGCCUGAGGCCGUUCAAGUGCGAGGAAGUGGGCUGCAACAAGACGUUCAGUCGCAAAGAGCACCUCAUGAGGCAUGUGGUUUCGCACACGGGAAAGAAGAUGUUCAGCUGUGAGUUCUGCCAUAAGUUCUUCUCACGCAAGGAUAACCUCAACAAGCACAAGAGAACCCACUCGGAGUACGUGAACAACGGCCCGUUCUACUGUGAAAUCUGCCAGAAGAGCUUCGUGGUGAAGAUGUACUACGUGCAGCACAAGGCGAUGCAUGAGAAGGAGGGAACGGACGUGACGGGAGGUGAUGACUCCAAGUCCAAAUCGAACGUGAAGAAGGAGGCUGGAGAGGAGGGAUCCACGCAAGCGGCCAAUGGUGCUGGUGAAAGUGUGGCUGAGGUGGAGGAUGCGGCGCAGGAGGGUGGCGAUCAGGAGGGUGGCGCUGAAGAGGUGACGGGUGAGGAGUCGAUGGUUGUGAGCACGCCAUCGAGUCAGCCGCAGAUCAUGCAGGUGCACUUCACGCCCGUGACUUCGGGUCAGGGCGGCGGCGGCACAGCGAUGGGCUCUCACGACACGACAGUGCUCACGCUGCCCUCCAACAUCUCCAACUUCGUUACCCUCAAUUCCACGCAGUUUGUGGCGUCGUCAGAUGUGAUGAGUCACUUCAAGAUUGACAACAAUUGAGACUCUCUUUGCA